GUGGCUGUCAGUGGCUGCCUACGGGCAGGCGGGGAAAAUGCGGUUGCAUGCAGCUGCUGUUCUAUAAGUUCAGUGUCAGUGGAAGCGUAAGUAAAUCGAGAGACACCAUCUCUGUGCACACAUGUGCAGAACUCGGUGAUACUCGACACUGUUAAAACGAAAAGGGCAAGUCCAUCGCUCGGUCGCUUAAUCGAUUCCCGAUUGGUGGGUGAAAUCACGUUUUGAAUAAACAGAUUUCAUCCCGAAUGGAAAGACGUUUCGACGGGUAAAUAAUCUGAAAUUAUAUACAGGAUUCGACCCGAUUCCUGGCUGUCGUUGAAGAUGGUCGACGUUGCUGCCGCACUUCCUGCAACCAACGCCGGCGGUUCUUUGAUGGGUCGAACCCGGGGCGCCUUGAGGUCAAUGCGAUCUGCCCUCGGAGGUGGCGGCGAGUAUCUUCAAGGUCUGGGUAGCAGGUUAGGAUCAGCGCUGAGCAGCAGCCUCGAGGAUAGCGAAUUGACGACGACGCCAUCCUCGCCGUCAUCGCCACCGCACCAAGGACCUUCACCAGCUGUGAAACAGGAAGCUGACGAGAUCCGGAGGCGGAAGCUGCGGCUCCCGAGGUUUGGAUCCGGAAUGUCCUACGAGGAUUAUGAAGCGAUGGCGCGACACAAGCUGGAACGACAAGGCAGCGCCACCUCCUCGAGGUCAUUGAAGCGUUAUCCUCCGGGGAUGACGUACGAGGAGAUCACAUCGUCGAGGAAUUCAUCGGGCGCGAGGAUCGUCGAGGUGGCGAAAAAGCGCGAGGAUGAUAACGAGCCGCGGGAGAACGAGGAAAGCUCGCCGGAAAGCGUGGGACCUUUGCAGGAAAAGGAUAUAAAAGCGACUGGCGUAGAUCCUUACGAGAAAUUUCACUACAAAAUGGCAGGAACAACGAUCCGGGAAAUUUUCAAAUUAGAUCUGCCGUGCAGCAGCGGAUCCAAUAGUGAUCAAGACGGUUAUGGACCAAGUACGAGUUUAGAUUCGAACAUGGAUGGCCGUCGCACCUGGCAGAGAUCAGGAUCUUCCGGCUCCUGUCAAUCAUGGGCAUCGAGUUUGUCGGCUGACAGUCAAUCCGAAGAAGCAGCAGCCGAUUUUAUGAAGAGCUUUGUUCCGCUGCUUUUCGAAACUCCAGACAGCGUUGAUCAGGAACAAAAAGCGAAGUUUGGCCAAAUGGUUUUGACGGAAACGGGACGAGUUUGGUUUUCAAGAGUGGUGAACGCGCGAAGAGCGCGAGCCUGCGUAACUGAGGGUUCGUUUUACUCACUGGCUCAGCAUUUUGCUGUCGCAUUAUUCGAGUGUCACGAGGCCGACGAUUUUGCCCCGGCAAAGAGUUUGAUGAACAUGUGUUUCACAUUUUAUCACGAAGGUCUGUUUGAACUCGAAGUACCGGGUUUAGAACCGUAUCGAGAAUAUCUUUACACUCACCUUCGAGUCCAGCCGAUAUGGACGUCGAUGCGUUUCUGGACAGCGGCAUUUUUUGACGCGGUUCAUUGCGAAAGAGCGACUCGUCCGGUUCCUCCGAGAAACAAGAGCCUUGCUGGGGAGGCGAUCGCAGCCGAUGACAGAAGGUUUCAGGCGAAUAUCGUCUUCGGGCAGUUGGGCACUUUUACAUGCAACAUGCAUGCGUUUGGAUUAUCCCGAAAUCUGUGCCUCGAGUUUUUGAGAAAACAAUGCGCCAUCGCCAAUUUAUCGUCAGAGCAAGAGAAAAUGCUGAGAGACAAUAUUGAGAGAAUGUACGACGAGACGGAACCUUGGCGAUAAUUAUCGACCGAUCGAUUACGUACCGAGUGAGAAGAAAAAAUUUCGUCUUCAUAAAAUUUAUCUUUUCAAAAUUUCUAUCACGGAAGGAUGAAAACGUUUGCGGAAUAAAGAAAUCGCGAAAUAUUUACCACCAAAAAAA